UUUUAUUAUUAUAACUUUUUGCUCAUAGCAUUAUAAUGGAGAGGAUAUUUUGUACAAUAUGUUUUUAGUGUAUUUUUUAUAUAUUAUUUAUAUAUUCGAAAAAUCUGUCAAUUUCCUGUAAAUAUUGGCUACAUCCACGCUAUGAUCCACCAACCUAGCCGCAAAACACCUCCACCAACCCGCUGUGGAGCAGGGUGGUGGAGAUACCUCCUCCGAUUGUUUAAGGGGAGGCCUGUGCCAACGGUGGGACGUACAUAGGCUGUUAAUGUUUUGUUAUUGGCUACAUGUAUACAUAAUUAAAACACAUAAUAACGGGUUCUUACCGCGUUUAAAGCAGAUAUUAGACACCCGAUAUUUUUACACUGUUGCAAGUGCCAUGAUUGUUAUUAUGUGUUUUAAUUAUGAUAAUAACCGCGUAAACUUAAAACAAUACAUGUAUACAGUUGUAGUUACCAUCGAAUAACCAAUAUAAUUAUAAUAAUUAUUAUUUUUUAUAAAAUUUGUUAACUAUUUUUAAAGUUUAAAUGUACAUAUUCAAUUAAAAACUAAAAAUAAGACGCUGGAGUAUUGUUUUUAUACGCCACUGUGAUAGAUAAGUGAUAAGGUAACCUUUAAUACCCCAUCUUGUUUGGCGUUUGUUUAUCUAUAAACGAUAAACACACAAGUCAAGCUGCAGCGGCCGGUCAGUGAUACAUUGUUACUAAAGUUGUCUCAGACAAGAUAUGGCUACAUAACGAAUACUUCUAUACUUGAUCAAAUAGUUGACUGUGUUAUUUCGUCGUUAAAUGAUGUUAAAAUCUGCUCUGUUGUUAGUAAGAUGUGCAAAGAAACAUGUUUGGGAUCAAGUUAGAUUCUCAUCACAAGCAUUGUCACAGCUUUCUUCGGAAAAGUACAAUGUCACUAGGAAAGAUUUUGCAACGUUGCAGUCGACAGACGUGAACUUCUUUAAAUCCGUACUCAGUGAUGAUAGAGUGUUAACGGAUGAGAACGAUGUGUUGCCCUUCAACAUCGAUUGGUUGAAGAACUGUAGAGGCCAAUCGAAGAUGGUGUUAAAGCCGAAAACCACUCGGGAAGUGUCUCAGAUCCUUUCAUACUGCAACAAGCGGCGCCUGGCGAUAUGUCCGCAGGGAGGCAACACCGGCGUCGUCGGCGCUUCUGUCCCUGUCUUCGACGAGAUCAUACUCAACAUGGGACUCAUGAAUAAAAUCAUCAGUUUGGAUGAUAUAUCUGGUGCUUUAGUCUGUGAAACCGGGUGUAUCCUGGAGGUGUUAGAUAAGCAUGUCCAGGAACAUGGCCUCAUCAUGCCUCUGGAUCUGGGUGCUAAAGGCUCGUGCCACAUCGGGGGCAACAUCAACACCAACGCCGGUGGUCAACGACUGAUCCGCUACGGCAACUUGCACGGGUCGCUUUUGGGAAUUGAAGCUGUGAAAGCAGACGGGACGGUGAUCGACUGCCUGCGGUCACUGAAGAAGGACAACACGGGGUACCACCUGAAGCACCUGUUCGUGGGCUCCGAGGGCACUCUCGGCAUCGUCACCAAGCUCGCUAUACACUGUCCCGUGCUGCCCAAAGCUGUCACUGUUGGAUUCUUCGGCUUAGAAAACUUCGACAAUGUUUUGAAACUUUUCAAGAGUGCGAAAUCAUCACUUGGCGAAAUAUUAUCAGCUUAUGAAAUGAUGGAUAACGAGUCGAUUAGAGGCACCUUGAGGAAUAUGAAACUAACGAGUCCAAUCCCUGAGUAUCCAUUCUACGUACUAAUGGAGACACACGGCAGCGAUGCGGACCACGACACCGAGAAAGUGAACAGAUUCCUCUCUAAGGAAAUGGAUACCGGCUUGAUACUCAACGGUACCGUCGCCACUGAACCCGGUAAAAUCCAGGCAAUUUGGAAAAUUCGAGAAAGUAUACCCGCGGCGUGUAUGAUGGACGGCUACGUGUUUUGCUACGACGUGUCUCUGCCGUUGGCUAACUACUACCAGCUGGUGCCUAUGUUACGAGAACGGCUCGGCUCCAACGCCUCUGUUAUUGGGUUUGGACAUAUUGGAGACGGCAAUAUCCAUAUCAACGUCACUAUCUCUGAUUUCGACAAGGAAGUUCUAGGUGUUUUGGAGCCGUUUAUAUUCGAGGAGGUGUCCAAGCUGCAGGGCUCGGUGUCGGCGGAGCACGGCAUCGGGUUCCGCAAGCCGCAGUACAUCCACUACAGCAAGGACCGCAGCGCGCUAGGACUGAUGCGCGACCUCAAGACGCUCAUGGACCCCAACGGAAUACUCAACCCGUACAAAGUCCUACCGGAUGAUGUUUAAAUCUAUCUCGAGUCUCAUCCGUCAUUUCAGGCUAUAAUUGCUUUGUACCUAACAAUAUCAAAUGAUGUGAUUAUCAUUACCAGAGAGAAGGAAAAAUGGCAGGUGAUCAUGUUUAAAAUAAAACAAUAAUUUAUUUAAA